AUGAUAGAGAACGCUACAUUAAUAAAACAAGGAGCCGAAGCCCGAAUACAUACGGCACCAUUUUUGACACGAACUGCCAUAGUUAAAGAAAGGUUUUCGAAAGCUUAUCGACAUCCUAUUCUUGACAAGAAGUUAACAGCAAGAAGAGUAAAUCAGGAAGCUCGAUGUUUGUUCAAAUGUCGUAAAUCAGGAGUUGACGCACCAGCAUUAUAUUUUGUGGAUACAGAAGAUAGCACGAUUUAUAUGGAGUUUGUUCGAGGAACGAUCGUCAAAGAUUUACUUGUCACGAAUAGUGAAUACAUUCAAAAUAAAGGAAAACAAGAUGAAUUAGCAAAAAAGAUUGGUAUUGCUUUGGCAAAAGUUCAUGAAAUUGAUAUUAUUCACGGAGAUUUGACCACGUCCAACUUAAUGCUGAGAGAAUCCAAUCAAUCUCUGGUGGUUAUUGAUUUUGGAUUGAGUUACAUAUCAUCAUUGCCUGAGGAUAAAGCUGUUGACUUGUAUGUACUUGAGAGAGCUUUUUUGAGCACUCAUCCUAAUUCUGAAGAAAUGUUUACUGAGAUUUUGGAUAAUUAUCAGAAAACUUAUAAUGCUUCACAAUGGGUGCUGUCUAAAUUAGCUGAGGAUUACGGGGACGAAAGAGAAGUAUGGAAUGUGCAAUGUGGUACUCAAGGAAAAGUUAUUCAUAGAGCAUCUAUGUUUAAGUUAAAUGAAGAAGUAACAUUAGCUUCAACAAUUAUGUCAAGUUCUCGUUCAUAUAAUACCAAAGUGUUUUAUGGACCACCCAAAUGUGAACCUGAACGAUCUGAAGAAAUAAUUGAAAAAGGAUGUGAUAUGGAAUAUUGGAGUGAUCCUGUUGGUGUUAAAAAGAUAGAGAGAUAG